CCAUCAGUUAAUCCACCAUUGUCAUCUUCACCAGUACAACCAUCCUUAGUAAGUGGAGGAAGUCUACCCCCACCACUUCCAAAAAGUGGUCCGACGUUUGGAACGGUAACUGCACGAGGUUCUUCAGAAGAGUUGGUGCAACCAACUCCAACACAGCCAGCUGUUGCUCCUACUGGCCCUGGAUCUAUUACUGGAGUGGCCGUAGCCAAACCCUUAGCUACACGUAUACAAAAUGAAAUUCCUCGGACGCAGUCUGCCCCGCCGUUGCUUAAUCUCCAAGAUUCAACUAAUGCUAAAAAUGUAGGCCAACCACCAGGUCACCAAAUGAAUUCUGUAACGCCCCAUACUCAACAACAGCUGUCAACGGCUACUCCUCUGCAAUCAAUUUCUACAUCAAAUCCUCCUCCUCAUAAUCGUAAAGACUCCGUUUCAUCGACAGUAUCUUCUAACGAUGGUCAGCAACCCCCACCUUUUCAUCCUCAUCAACCUCAACCACACCAUAAUAACUACAAUCAACAACACGCUCAUCCGCAAUAUCACUCUCGACAUAUACAUCAACAUCACAAAGGGCCUCCACAAGUACCUAGUCAUUUUCAACAAAAGAAUAGAGACAGAAGCGUUCCUGGUACUAUUCCGCCCUCAUCACAUUCAAAUCCUCAAACAGUUCCUAAUCAAGCUCAAACUCCAAUUCCAUUAACCGGACCACAAGCGGCAAUUCCAGUUCCGAUGUGGCAACAAUAUGGACAUGGACAUGGACGAAGGCCUCCGAUGCAAGUGACUCAUCAUAUGCAACCAACUGUUUCUUCAUAUACACCACCUGGUCCAAAAAACCACGCUGUCAAAAUCAUUAACCCUGCUGAUAGAUCAGUUGUAGUUCCGUCAAUUCAACAUAAUCCCCAUGUCGUUCAAGCUGCAAAAAAAGAAGAAGCUCCUACGCCUACAGUUUUCGAUGCUAAAAGAAUUGAUGAUUCAACCACCAAAGAGAAGGAACAAGCUUCCGAUAAUGAAAAAAAAGAGUCAAAGGCUGUACGUAUAGUUGAUCCGAUUGAAAGAGAUAAAAUAGAGCGCGAAAAAAGAGAAAAGGAGCGUGAGGAGAAUGAGCGCAAAGAGCGAGAAGAAAAGGAAAGAUUGGAAAAGGAGAAAAAGGAACGCGAAGAAAAGGAAAGGCUAGAACGCGAGGAGAAAGAAAGAAAGGAACGUGAAGAGAAGGAACGUAAAGAACGUGAAGAGAAGGAAAGAAAGGAACGUGAAGAGAAGGAACGCGAGGAAAGGGAACGAAAGGAACGUGAGGAAAGGGAACGCAGGGAACGUGAGGAAAGGGAACGCAGGGAACGUGAGGAAAAAGAGCGAAAGGAACGUGAGGAAAAGGAGCGAAAGGAACGUGAGGAGAAAGAGCAGCGUGAGGAAAAAGAACGUAAGGAACGCGAGGAAAAGGAGCGCAAGGAACGUGAGGAAAAGGAACGCAAGGAACGUGAAGAGAAAGAAAGAAUGGAAAGAGAGAGGUUAGAACGGGAAGAGAAAGAACGACGGGAACGUGAAGAGGCGGAACAAAGAGAGAAAGAACGAUUAGAACGUAAUGCACAAGAAGAACGUGAAAGGAUUGAAAAAGAAGAAAUGGAAC